ACAUGGCUUGCACACGCACACGCACACACCUCGCAUAUAAUAACUAAGCACGCGUGCAUUAACCGAGCAACGAUACCUUAAGGUAGAAGAACCAGAGCUAGGAAUCGGUACCUAUGGGGUUCGCGGUGACGAGGACGAGCAGGUCGCUGGUGGCGCCGUCGUCGCCGACGCCGGCCGGGGAGACGCUGCGGCUGUCGUCCCUGGACCGCGUGCCGGGGCUGCGCCACCUCGUGCUGUCGCUGCACGCGUUCGACGGCGCCACGCGGGUCGACGCCGCCGUCGGCGAGGGGGAAGCUGCCGCCAGCCCGGCAAGGGCGGUGCGGGAGGCCCUGGGGAAGGCGCUGGUGGACUACUACCCGUUCGCCGGGCGGUUCCUGGAGCCGGAGGAGGAGGGCGGCGAGGUGAGGGUGGCGUGCACCGGCGAGGGCGUGUGGUUCGUGGAGGCCACGGCGGCGUGCAGCCUGGAGGACGUGAAGCACCUGGACCACCCGAUGGUGAUCCCCAAGGAGGAGCUGCUGCCGGAGCCGUCGCCGGACGUGCCGGCGCUCGACAUGCCGCUCAUGAUGCAGGUGACGGAGUUCACGUGCGGCGGGUUCGUGGUGGGCCUGAUAUCGGUGCACACGAUUGCCGACGGCCUCGGCGCCGGGCAGUUCAUCAACGCGGUGGGGGACUACGCGCGCGGCCUGCCCAAGCCCCGCGUGUCCCCGGUCUGGGCGCGGGACCUCAUCCCGGACCCUCCCCGGAUGCCGGCCCCGCCGCCGAAGCUGGAGCUCCUCGACCUCCGCGAGUUCACCGUCGACCUCACCCCGGACCACAUCGCCAAGGCCAAGUCCGACUUCUUCAUGUCCAUGGGGCAGCGCUGCUCCGCCUUUGACGUCUGCGUCGCCAAGACGUGGCAGUCCCGCACCCGCGCGCUCCGCCUCGCCGGGCGCCUCGCCGACGACCACCCCGUCCACGUCUGCUUCUUCGCCAACACGCGCCACCUCAUGCUCGCCGGCGCCGCCGAGGGGUUCUACGGAAACUGCUUCUACCCGGUGACGGUGACGUGCAGCAGCGCGGAGGUGGCGACGGGGGAGGUGGUGGACGUGGUGCGCGCGGUGCGGGACGCCAAGGCGCGGCUCGCCGGCGACGUGGCGCGCUGGGCGGUGGGAGGGUUCGCGCAGGACCCCUACGAGCUGAGGUUCACGUACGACUCGCUGUUCGUCUCCGACUGGACGCGGCUCGGGUUCCUGGAGGCGGACUACGGGUGGGGCGCGCCCACGCACGUCGUGCCCUUCUCGUACCACCCGUUCAUGGCCGUCGCCGUCAUCGGCGCGCCGCCGGCGCCCAAGAUCGGCGCGCGGGUCAUGACCAUGUGCGUCGAGGAGGCGCACCUACCAGAGUUCCGGGACCAGAUGAACCCUUCGCCGCCGGCAAGUAAUUGAUCGUCGCCGAUCGACACCCAACCAAGUGUGCAAUGCAAGCUGUUAAUUUCUACUUUUAAUCUAGCUCUUUAUACUUGUCGAAACGGCCGUCACGGUUCGUGUGGGUGUGUAAUUUGUUUUGCUUUGAAUUUCCUUAAUCAAUCUGGCGCAAUUAGCGUUGUGCUUGUACGGACUUGCCAAGACUGUGAUGUACCGUGAGAUGGUCCAUGUACCGGGAAGAAUAUCUCAAGGUGCAAUCGAUGAAUGAUGAAAACAAUAAAUGACCAUCAUUUGUACUCCAAUAUAUGUCUACAAUAUAUAUAUGCCUCUUAGCUACAUUUCAGUCAGCUGAGUUU